AUGCUUGCAAAUUUAAUCAAGAGAGGUUUUAGUAAUAAGAAUCUAAUUAAUCAAUUUAGGAGAUAUGGGCUUUAGUAAAGAAGGAUGUAUGAAAAGCGCUAAAGUUUUUUGAAUGAAAUUUAGUGGGAUUUAAAAAGUAUUUCAUUUUUGAGCAAUAAUGCGUAGGAGAGCGAACAGACCUUAAAAUUUAGUAUUUAGUACUUAGAAAAUCCUUUGUUUUUGAUUAUUACAAAGAAUAUUGCACAAAAGAUUCAUGAAAAACCAGAUACAGAAAAUAAGAUAAUAGAAACUAUAUAGUCUAUUUUCGAGCAGAAAUAACAGAGCAAUGAUCUUAUUUUAAAGAUUUUUAGUUUGUCUAUCAAUCCCAUUUUUUAAACUGCGAAAAUAGAGUCAUAUUUAUGUAAUCAGCUCAACUAGAUGCUUAGAAAAAAUGAAUUUGGUUUAUUCUCAGAUUGCAUUAAAAAGAAUAAAAAAUUCCUUAAGCAGUUUAUAACAAAGGCGCAAAACGAAGAAAGCAUUAGCAUGAAGGGGAUUUUAAGCUAAUUUCCAGAUAUCGAUUUAAAUUAGGAUGAAAACUUUAGUUAGGUAGAGGAAAAUAGUUUGAAAAAAGAUAUAGAACUAGCUGAAAGUACUCCAGUAGAAGAAAACUAAAAAGCUAGUACCUACAAGAAUCUUCUAGAUAAUCAAUGGGAGGAAAAUAACAUUAACUACUAUGAAAGCAAUAUAAUUAAAAGCUAAUUUGAGAAUUCUGAAUUAUAUAUUACUUUAAGAGACUUGUAAAAUCAAGAAGUUUCAUAUUAAAUCUUAAAUGAUGAUUUUUUAAAGUUAGCAGAAAUAGAAUUUACAAAUUCUGCUGCUAGUAAUUUUAACUAUCUAGUAAAAAAAAUGGAAGAAGAGCAAAACUUGUAUGCACUUUAUCUCAUCCUAAAAUACUAUGAACAAUCUAUAAUGGGAGAGGCUAAAGACGAUGUUAUUGUCUAGAAUUUUUUAAGAAGGAUAACUACCAUUCAAACAACUGAGUAUUUAACUCAUCUUUUAUAAUAGUCUCUUGAUGUGUAUUAAAAUAUUUCAGUUGAAAAUUUGAUUUACAUUAUUUCCUAGGUCAAGAACAUAGAAAUUAAAUUUUCUAUAGAAUGUUUAAAGCAAUUGCUAAAAUAGAAAGGAGACGACUUGUUGAUAGGCCAAAUAGUUGAUAUCGUUAGAAUUUCAUCAGAAGUUAUAUUUUGCAAGUUUUAUACUGAAGAUCUUGUAUUAGAAAAUUAGAUAGAAAAUUUUUUGUAAAAUAGAAUUUUCUCAAAUUAACAAUUAGAUAUGCUUUCUUUAAAGCCAUGCUUUUUUGAUUUAAUGAAAAUUUGUACAACAAUUAAGUCAAUCAAAACCAAACAAAAAAUUCAAGAUUAUCUCGUUGAGGCUUCACUUCAUUUGUAUGGUGGAUGUUUUCACAUUCCUGAAGCAGAGGGAGAUGCUGAUAACAAUCAUUUCUAGAUUCAAGCUUUUAAAGACAUUCAAUCAACAGAAAGAUUUGCAAGAUGCGUACACAUAUUAAGCAAAAACUAACAAACUGAAAUGAAUCCUGAAACAAAAGUUCUCUUUAUGACUUUUAUUGAGAAUAUUUUAAUCCAUCAAGUUUACACUUAAAGUUAAAUAAUAUUGUAUUAAAUAAUGGAUAUCUUAGUGAAUACAUCAGUUUUAUAUGACAUGCAAAAGUUUACAGAAAUUAAUAAUUAUGUCAAACAAAACUUCAAAUAGCUUUUCCAAGAUUAGCAAGAGUAAUUAGAUUACAAUCGCUAUUAAGAGCAAUAAAUAAGUUAAAUGGAGAGUAACCCGAAAAGCAGCAACAAGUAAUUCGACCUUGAAAUAGAAGAUAUUGAUUAAAAUAGCAUCAAAAUAACAAUUCAUUACAGAAUUUGCAGCUAUAUUAGAUUCGCAACUAAAUUUAAAUUCAUUAAGGAUUUAGAGCUAGAUUUUAUUGACAAAUUGGUUAAAUUUUUACCUAAAAAUGAUCAAAGACCAUUUUCUUAUAUGUAUGAAUCUAUUCUGUCCAAUCACUCUCACUGGAUGCUUGAGGAUAGAAAUAAAAUUUAAACAUUCUUGCAUUUGCAAGACAUUUGCUAUGUUAUUCUUAAGCAAACCCCUUACUAAUUAAAUUUUCCUAUCGCUUUUUGUGUGACUCUUCGUAACUACAUUUCGUUUAACAGUCUAUUUCUGAAAAAGUACCACAUAAAAAUAGUAGACAUAUCUGAAUACACUCCUUCAAAUAUUUUAAAAAUAAACAAGCAAAAGAAUUUAGAAAAUAAUUCAGAGAGUGAUGACGACUUAAGCAUUGACACAAAAUAAAUUUGCUUCCCCUUCAAUAUCGAAUUAGUCAAAAAAAUAUCAAGCCAAAACAAGAACCUAAAACUUUUCCUAGAACAAUACAUUUAUGAAGAAAGUAGCGAAAUUACUCUAUAAAAAAAGAAAAAAUACAUAUUCGAAUAGAUAGAGUAUCAAAUAGCAAACAACUUCCCAAACCCAAAUGAUAUUUUUGAAAUUAUCAGAACCUAGAACUCAAUAAGAAAAGAGCUGUAAUAAAAUCCGAAUUACUUUGAAUUAAUAAGAAAUUAUACUAUCUUCUUACUUAAAGCUGACUAUAGCCACAUUAUCCAAACAAGCAAUUCUCAGCAGAGUAAUUUGACUCAGGAGAUUUCGGGUAGUGAAAAAAAUAAUAGUGACUAAAUGACUGAAAAGACUAUAGAAACCAAGGGUAAUUAUUUAAGCUAGAAAUAAUAAAAUGAUGGAGAGAAAAUAUUUGGAGAAGUGCUUUUCUUCACUCGUUUAUGCCUAGAAAAUCAAACAAAAAGCAUCGAUUUCCAGACAAUUGUCAAUUUCAUUAUUAAUAAUGUAAACUACAUGGAUUUUACAGGAUUAAUGUUUUCUAAGUAGUUUAUUAACACUACAAAUAUGAGAGAUCCUAGAGUUCACUCUUCAAUUUAAAAGAGAAUUAUGUCUAUUAUCAAGCAGGAACAUCUUAAUUUGAAAAAUUCUCUCAACCUAUUAAAGGCUUUUUCUUUAGAUGAUUUUGAUUACAAAACCCUAUUUUUACUUGAAAAUGAAAUUAUCAAUAAAUUAAACUUGAUUAAUCAUACAAAUAUGGCUGUGCUCUUAAAGAAGUACUACUUUAAAUCUAAAUACCAUCCUUCAAGAUUUACUUCAGGCAUUUCUUAAAACGCUUAUAAGUAUCUCCCUUAAAUUAAUGACUAGACAUACUGGAUUUUCUUAUUUUUGAGUAAAUUUAAACCUUAGACUCUUUAAUCUCUUAACUUACAAUAAAUUCAGUUUGAGAAAGAUGCUUUAUAAAAUGAAUACUUGCUGAAGUUUAUUUAGAUCUUUGCUAAUUAUGAUUUAGAAAGAUUGGCUUUAAAAAAGAUAGAACCUCCUUAAAUAGCGCAAAACUUCAACAAAGAAUACUAUUAAGAUAUUAAUGAGGAAAUAAAUGAUAUAAAAUCAGAUGUUUUUAAUAGAAGUUAAAUACUUUUCGAGAAAUUGCAAUUCUACCUUAUCAAAGCACCUUAACAUACUCCUUAGGACAUUGAUUUUUUGAAUUACUUAAAAACUAAGUUCAUGAACUCAGAAACAUUUAUUCCUCCAUAAAAAUCUACAAACCUAUUUUUAUAUUUGCAAUUAUUCUAUUACUUUAGAGCUCAGACAGAUAACUAAAAAGUAUUGAUCACUCCUUAAAAUGCUUCCCUUACAAUAAAUGGUCUUUUCAAUUAAUAUCAGAAGAAAAUUAAUUUAAAUUUAAAAGAAUUAAUUUAAGGAUGUUAUUAUGUCAAUGAAAUGUGCAAAAGAAACGAUAAACACACUCAUAUAAAUCUUUAGAAUUUCUAGAGGCUAUUCGAAUUAAUAUAAGAAGAAAACAGAGAAUAAAUACUAACUUAGACUCCUUGUUUGCAAACGUUAAUGAGAAUGUACUUAUAAGUAGAAUCAUUCUUGCACAAAAACUCAAAUAGUCUAUAAGAAUAGGAUAAACAGAUAUUAGUUUAAUAGCUAAGAUCUUCAUUUAUUUAUUACAAGAUAAAAAGAAAUGAAAACAAAGAUAUAAUAAUCUAAUGGUUAUAUUUAUUAGCUAGGAACAGCAGUCUGGAAAAAUAAAAUAAUACCUUGAAUACUGUUUUUAGCAAAUAAGACUAACAGCUCUUAGAUAAACUAGAGUUAAUCUUUUUAAAAAAUAUGGAUAUCUAAAAUAGUGAUAAAGUGAUAGAAGUUUUUAAUGCUUAUAUUAAUACUGAGCUAUGCUCAUUCUAAAUUCUUGAAUAACUAGAAAUUUUCUUAAAAAACAUUGAAAAUUAAUAAAAAGCUCUAGGAGACAGAGUCGAAAGCAGUUAGGAACUUAAAAAUACAUAAUAAAAAAUUUCUUUACCUUUCCAAUAUAAAUCAAAAAAGAAAUAUUAAGUCUGA